AUGUUGAGGGCCCGCUUGGCUGCAAAGAAAUGCAGCAAGGCUGCUUCGAGCGUGCCAAUGUCACGAUUCGACGAUGCCCCAGUCAACUACGAGGGUCUCGCCAAGAAUAUCGAUAUUGUCAAGGGCCGACUUAACCGACCUCUUACUCUUUCCGAGAAGGUCGUCUACGGUCACUUGGACAACGCCGCCGAGGCCGACAUCCGACGAGGUGAAUCUUACCUGAACCUCCGACCCGACCGAGUUGCCAUGCAGGACGCCACCGCCCAGAUGGCCAUGCUCCAGUUCAUCUCCUCCGGCAUGCCCCGAGUCGCCGUUCCCUCUACCAUCCAUGCCGAUCACUUGAUCGCCGCCGAGAACGGUUCCGUUGCCGAUCUUAAGGUUGCCAACACCCUUAACCGAGAAGUCUACGAUUUCCUCGGCUCUGCUGGUAAAAAGUACGGUGUCGGCUUCUGGGAAGCUGGCUCUGGUAUCAUUCACCAGAUCGUCCUCGAAAACUACGCCUUCCCCGGUGUCAUGCUUAUCGGUACUGACUCUCACACUCCCAACGGUGGUGGUCUCGGUGGCUGCUGUGUCGGCGUUGGUGGCGCUGAUGCCGUCGAUGUCAUGGCUGGUAUCCCAUGGGAACUCAAGUGCCCCAAGGUCAUCGGUGUUGAAUUGACUGGCAAGCUUUCCGGCUGGACCUCUCCCAAGGACGUCAUCCUCAAGGUCGCUGACAUCCUCACCGUCAAGGGUGGUACUGGUGCCAUCGUCGAAUACUUCGGCCCCGGUGUCGAGUCUAUGUCUUGCACUGGUAUGGCUACUAUCUGCAACAUGGGUGCUGAAAUCGGUGCCACUACUUCCAUGUUCCCAUACAACCACCGAAUGCGAAAGUACCUCGACUCCACCGGCCGAUCCGCCAUUGGUGACCUCGCUGAUGCCAACCAGGGUCUCCUCUCUGCUGAUGCCGGCGCUGAAUACGACCAGCACAUCCACAUCAACCUCGAUGAGCUCCGACCCGGUAUCAACGGUCCAUUCACCCCUGAUCUUUACCAUCUCGCUUCCGAGGUCGGUAAUACCGCCCGAAAGAACGACUGGCCCGUUGAGGUCAAGUACGGUUUGAUUGGUUCUUGCACCAACUCCUCCUACGAAGAUAUGGGCCGAGCCGCUUCCCUCGCUAAGCAGAUUGCUGACCGAGGCAUGACUUGCAAGGCUGGCUUCUCCAUCUCUCCCGGUUCCGAACAGGUCCGAGCUACCAUUGAACGGGAUGGCUACACUGAAAUCUUCGAGAAGGUCGGUGGUGUCGUUAUGUCCAACUCUUGCGGUCCAUGCAUUGGUCAGUGGAACCGAAAGGACACUGAGAAGGGCGAGAAGAACUCCAUCGUCACCUCCUUCAACCGAAACUUCACUGGACGAAACGACUCCAACCCAAUGACCCACGGUUUCGUUGCCUCUCCUGAACUCGCUACUGUUUACGCUAUCACCGGAACCCUCGACUUCGACCCCGAAGUCGAUGAGCUCACUGCUCCCGAUGGAUCCAAGUUCAAGCUUGAGACCCCAUACGGUGACGAACUCCCCGGCAAAGGAUGGGAAGCUGGCAAGAACUACUACACUCAUCCACCAGCAGAAGGUGCCGGUGAAGUCAUCGUCGAUGAGAAUUCCCAGCGACUCCAGCUCCUCGCCCCCUUCAACGCUUGGGACGGAAAGAACCUCGAGAACGCUCAGGUCCUCAUCAAGGUCAAGGGCAAGUGCACCACUGACCACAUCUCCGCUGCCGGUCCAUGGCUCAAGUUCCGAGGUCACCUCGACAACAUCUCCAACAACUUCCUCAUCACUGGUCUCAACUCUGAGAACGAAGAGAUGAACAACGUCUGCAACUGGACUACUGGCGAACGAGGUGGUGUCCCAGACAUUGCCCGACAGUACAAAGCCGCUGGCGUCCCAUGGGUUGUCGUCGGUGACGAUAACUAUGGUGAAGGCUCUUCCCGAGAACACGCCGCUCUUGAGCCCCGACAUCUUGGUGGCCGAGCUAUCAUCGUCAAAUCCUUCGCUCGAAUCCACGAGACUAACCUCAAGAAGCAGGGUAUGCUCCCACUUACCUUCGCUGAUCCCGCUGAUUACGACAAGAUCCGACCCGAUGACAAGAUCACCCUCACCGGCAUCACCGAGCUCGCUCCUUUUAGCCAGGUCACUUGCACCGCCACCCACGCCGACGGCAGCUCUGACUCUUUCCCAUUGAACCACACUUUCAACGACCUCCAGAUCAACUGGUUCAAGAACGGUUCCGCCCUUAACUACAUGAAGAGCAAGAUGUAA